AUGGUGCAUCGUCUAACAAGAGGACAGGACCGCAGAGACCAAAUGAAGAGACUCGAACAAAUACAAAGUGAAGUCCGCACGAUACAUUGCGCUCUCCAGCACCAACAAGAGACCAUGGACUACCUCUCAAAGAUCCUCGAAGCAGUGCGCGACGAAAUUGAAGAGGAAGAAACAGUUGCGCAGAACGAGGCGCGCAAGCUACGAAAAGCAAUAAACAACUUGACAACCGCGAUCGAAGCAGCGCUGAAGAAUCUAAGCUUGGAUGUACAGUCAAACGCCGAACUCCUUAGCGAAGAGGGGGAGGGCGCAGACGCUGCACCUGUCAAGGAGGAAACUCAGCCAGAAGACAUCGGAGUGGAAUCGAUGGAAAAAGGAGAUGACGACGCGCACAUGGGUCAGCGUGAAGCCGAAACCAUUCGAAACAACCAGGAAUAUGUCGAAGAACUUAUGAUAGAGAUGGAGGAGGCAGCGCCGUUCGAAGAACCGCAAGUAGAGGAAGUCCAAAUGGAAGAACCGAAAAUGGGAGAAAAUGAAGCGCACGCCGACGAACCUCCAAAGAAUGAGGAAGCGAUAGAAAGACCUCAAGAAGCCCGCUUGCGCAAUGAGGAUUUGUUAUCGGCGCUACAAGUGGAGAAGAAGCAAACCCUGCAGGCGAUACACGACUUGAACCUGUUGAUCGACGCCCUGGAAAAGGAAAAAACUUGCGGGCCGCGUAGAUACCACAAAGGCGAGAUUCGUAAGGACACGGAGAGGAACAUGUCAUGCGCAUUCUGUAGCGCUGUCGGAUAUCAUUAUUCCGACUCUUGCCCGGAGGUACCGACGGGCAGGGAAAGACGAGAACUUCUCGAAGCGAGCAACAGAUGCGAAACCUGUCUCGAAUACUGCGCUGGGGGAAAUCGUUGUCGAAAAUUUUACACCAAGUGUUUCCAUUGCCGCGAGACAGGGCAUCAUUCCGCCCUAUGCGAGCUACCCGACAGAAGUCGGGAGAUUUUCGAUCAAAUUGAAGAAGCAGAGCGAUCGAAGCAAGGAAACUUCCAGCGCCUCAAGCAAAUCGACAUGGAAAUUCAGGAGCACCGCCAGGACCCAUCUCACUAG